AUGUUUGAACAUUUAGUUCAUGUUAAAACUUGGUUUCCUAAAUAUGAAGCUGAAUUUGCUGAACGAACACAUUAUCAUUUUUUAUAUAGUGAAAAAUCAAGUCUUAUAACAUCCUUUAUUCGACAAAUUAAACAAGAAAAAGUUGAACCAACAAAACAAGAACAGGCAAGUUUAAGUGAACAAAUUCGUGCUGUUCGAAAAAUAAUUAACAAAAUCGAUACACCAAAUCUAACAUCGACUGAAAUGAAUACAAACACUGAAAAACAUCUAGCAAAUAUUGAAGCAACACAUAUAAAUAUUUUCCAAAUGCUCGAUGAUCUUAAACGACGUGUUGAACAACUUGAAUCAAACCAACAAUCGACUAGUGGGAAACCAAUUGAAUCACAGCCGGCUGCUACUAAUACUGAUGAUGAUGAUGAUAAUGAUAUUGAUUUAUUUGGUUCUGAUGAUGAAGAACAAAGUGAAGAAACAAAAAAAUGUUUAGUUGAUUAUACAGCAAAAAAAGCAAACAAGGAAAAUGUUAUUGCCAAAAGCACAAUUGUAUUAGAUGUUAAACCCUGGGAUGAUGAAACUGACCUUGAAGCUAUGGAAAAAGCAGUAAGAUCAGUUGAAGCUGAUGGUCUUGUUUGGGGACAAUCUAAACUUGUACCAGUUGCUUAUGGUGUUAAAAAAUUACAAAUUGGUUGUGUUGUUGAAGAUGAUAAAGUUGGAACUGAUUUUCUUGAAGAAAAACUUUGUGGAUUUGAAGAUUAUGUUCAAUCAGUUGAUAUUGUCAUAUUCAAUAAAGCUCAAUGA